GUGCAUGAGCAUUUAAAUUUUCAAGAUGAUGAUAAUAUGGAUUUUGAGGACCAAAACACAGAAGAAUUCCUUUUAAAAGACACUUUCAAUUUUCUCCUUUCUAAUGAAUCUUCACCUUCCAUAUUUUCUGAGAUAUUUCAGAGACUUUACAGAUCAGGUGUAUUUAAGGGUGAAAACUAUCAAAAGGAACUAAAUCAAUGCCUGUCUUUAGAGGACAUUAACUCAAUUAUGACUUUCAUUAAGGAACUUAGGAGUUUGGGACAAUUCCAACUGCUCUUCCCAUCAAUUACUCUUGGGACUCAAUCUUGGAUGCGUGAAUUUUAUGAUAUGGCAAAUCCUAUGGGAAAACCUGGUUCAGUUCCGACCCAAUACUGGUCUCUUUUAAAAGUGUUUGAGCAAUUUCAGCUCCUGAAUAAAAAGGCACAGCUAUAUCCACUGGAAUGGAAUUCUUUCACAGAGGAUGAGAACAUUGAAAAACCACAAGUACCAUUUGAUGCAACUGAACAUAAAAAAGAUGUUUCUGUCUCCAGCGUUGCCAACUACCCUCUGGGCUUAGGAACGAACAAAAUCUCAAUGUUUGUGGUGGAUGAAUCUCCAGUGCAGGGUGAGAGCUUGAUCACGUACAAACUCACCAUCCACCGAGAAGACCGUCCAAGUCUGCCCUUGUUUGAAGACUUCACAGCGUGCGGUUUUGUGCAGGAUUGUGGUUUGCUGAUUCAUCCAGAGGAAACCUGUGGGUUGCAGCCUAUUUCUCCUGACUACAUUGAAGCCAUCUCACAGUCCGAACUAAAGAUCUGUUCUUCUGGUGACACAAAAGGCCAAUGGAUUGUACCUUGCCUUAGUUGUUCCGACAACAGGACCUGUGACUGGAGAGAAAUAACUUGGCAGCCUCACAACUGCCAAUAUGGUGUCCUAACUAAGCCUCAACUGCAGCGGUGCCUGGAAGGAAGGAAGAUUCUUUUCAUUGGAGAUUCAACAAACAGAGGGAUAAUGUACUACCUGAUUGAAAGGCUGAACGAAACCUUGCAGGAAUGGCAGAAGGUGCAUGGCACUAAAAUCUAUCGCAAUGUCAAUGAUGGGAAGACUUUGAUCAGUUAUUCCUACUAUCCCCAGUUCUGGAUAAACCCUUCAAUGAGACCCACGUUUGAAAAAGCACUUGAACAUCUCUUGCAAAGAUCACGUCCCCUGGAGAAUACGCGCCAGACCGUAUUGGUCGUUGGUGGUGUUCAGUGGCUUAAUUCCAAUCACCUGCAAAUUAUUCACAAGGUUUUGAAGAGGGAAAAUUUACUCAAUGUCCUUGUGAUCAUCAAAACUUUGGGGAUCGGAUUUCAUCUGCCAGUGGAUGGAGUACAUUUCUUAACACAGAGUGAAGUUCAGAACUUAUGGAAAGAAAAUUUGAUUAUUCUGGAUGCUGCAAAAAAAUAUGGCUAUGAAGUGCUUGACACAUUUGCUAUAACAAUGGGUCGAUACAAAGAGUUUUUACAGGGGACCUGUGGAUGUCACUUCCACGAGGUAGUGAAAUCCAAGUUAUCCAAAGAACAUCACUUUAUUAAAAUAAAACAGUCAAGAAAUCACAUUGUGGGAAAAUAUUUCAGCAAUCAAAACAAACUACAGCAACAACAACAGGACUCUGUCAUAAAUUACCAAUCGCCAUAUCAUGUCAGAGGUCCCAUUAAUGAAGUCUGCUCGGAAAUCCUUCUCAGCAGGAUGUGCGCGAGUAAAGGAGCUGUGUAGACUCCCUGCAGGGAGACUGAACUUGGAGUUGAAGACAAGCCAUUCACCUGGGUGGUUAUCUAAGAACUAAACCCUGUACAUCCCAUGUAUUUUGGGUCGACCGCAUGCACUCUUGCACACCAACAUACACUUACACACCAAUGCACACACAGCUAAAAAAAAGUAAUAACGCUAUUUUCCUGUAGCUUUAGAAAGUCAAGAUGUGCGCUUGAAAAUCAGUUGGUGAAAGGUAGAGCUAAGAAAAGGUGAGUUGAAAUAUAAUCAACUAGAACUACGGUGAGCUGGGUAUUGCCUUGUGAUAAUAAAGAGAAAAGGAGACACUUGAAUUAUGUGGGGGAGAGGGGAAGGAUAAUGCUCUUGAGUGUUGUGUUAUCUUCUCUAUUGGUACAUUAAUACUGAAAAGGGUAAAAAAGCAAUUACAUUCCACUUGUAAAUAGGGAUUGCAUUUGUGUCCUUUACCAGGUGACAAUGUAGCGUUUGUGAUGGUUUCAGCUUUGUGAAUCUAAUGUUUGUGAAAAGGAUUUCUUUGUAUACUUUUUCAAUUUUAUAACUGAAAGGAAAAGAACAGGGAUGCUUCACAAGGGAAUCCAAAUAGAUUCUAUGAGCGAGAUAAGAAGUUCCCUGUUUUACAGUUAAAAUACCCGUAUAUCUAACUUUGCGCUGUACCUUUUCUAAACAUUCCCCUAUCUUGCCUGUGAACGUGGAUGGGUAACUGCAGUCAACGUUGAUUAAAUAUGUAAUUUAAAGUGAGAAACAAGCUAUACUUCUUCAUGUAUUACUUUAUUAUGUUUCAUUGAUAAUAUUACUUAGGAAACUGUAAAAAGCUUUGUAGGAAAGCCCUAUGUAAUAUAAGAUUACAGUUAUGUUUUAUGUAAAUGUUUUGCAAAGGAGCAGUGUUCUCAAGUGCCUAGGCAUUUAUUUCCAUAAAGCAUUUGUAUAUGUCUACAAAUACUAGUAACUACAUUUUUCUUUUCCUGAACAACUAUAUCUAAUCCAAAUUUAGAGUAGGCAUAAAUUAUUUUUUUACUAAAACAGUGGCAUACAUAUAAAACGUAUGUAAUUCUAGUACUGAGAGCUUUCUCUUCUAUAUUUUAGUUUCAAAAUAGUAAAUUUCUUUACAAAUGAUUUGUUGUGAGAUAUCUCAAAGUUACAAUGGUUUUUAAAGGGUUUUUUUUUGGGGGGGGGAGCUGAGAGGGUCAAUUUAAUACAUGGUUGAAAUUACCAAAUGUACAAAUACCUCAAUUUCAUUACCUUACAAAAAAAAAUAAAAUUAUUUUGAUCGAUCAGUUGCUUAGUAUGAAUACUCACUGCCCUUAAAUACUCUAUUUUUAUAUAUAUUUUUAUAUGAAAGUAAACAUGAAUUUAUAUUUAACUGUCUUAAAUUAUAUUUACGCACAAAUACCACUUGUUAAUAUUAACAAUACAUAUCUGCAUCUGAUGGAUUUUUUAAAAGAAUGGUACAGAAUUAAGCUUUAAAAUCAAAGGUUGGGGUCAGCCAAGUAGCUCAGUUGGUUAAGAGCACAAACUCUGAGCAACAGGGUCACCGGUUUGAUUCCCAUAUGGACCCAUG